AUUUCCAGGAGCGAUGGAUAUGGAGCCGGCAACGGCGGUUGUUUGUGUUGUUGGAGUAGCAUCGGUGUUGGCCUUAUAUAUAUUGAAUUUGUUGUGGUUGAAACCAAAAAAGAUCGACAAGUUUCUAAGAGAUCAAGGACUGAAAGGUACUCCGUAUCGAUUGUUAUUCGGAGAUUUGAAAGAGAUGAAGAAGAUGAUGAUUGAAGCCAAGUCUAAACCCCUGAGGAGUCCAACUGAUCACGAUAUCGCUCCUCGUGUCUACCCCUUCUUCCUUAAGUCCGUCGCUGCUCACGGUAAGACUUGUUUUACAUGGAUGGGGUCAAGACCUCUGGUGCACAUAUAUGACCCGAUUAUGAUACGGGAGGUGCUGGCUAAUAAUUAUCAAUUUCAAAAGCAAAGGGGAGGAAACCCAAUGACGAAGUUGCUAGCAAGAGGGUUAGUCGACGUUGAAGCUGAUCAAUGGGUUAAACAUAGAAAAAUCAUCAACCCCGCAUUCCAURUCGAGAAGCUCAAGCAUAUGGUACCCGCGUUCUAUAUGAGUUGCAGUGAGAUGAUUCACAAAUGGGAAGUGGUAACGAAAGAAAGCUCGUGUGAAGUGGAUGUAUGGCCUCAUCUUCAAACGCUUACGGCGGAUGUAAUUUCACGUACAGCGUUCGGUAGUAAUUUUGAGGAAGGGAAAAAGAUAUUUGAGCUUCAAAGAGAACUGGGAGAGUUAGUUAUAAAAGCUGCGACGUCGGUUUACAUCCCGGGAUCAAAGUUUUUGCCGACAAAAAGCAACAAAAGGAUGAAAGAGAUUGACCGGGAAAUAAAGGCUAAGAUAAAGAGCAUAAUCGAUAGACGAGUUGUUGCUAUGAAAGCCGGCGAAAGUAUCAAUGAUGACCUCCUUGGAAUUCUUUUAGAUUCCAAUUACAAAGAAAUUAAACAACACGGGAAUAACAAUUUUGGAUUAAGCAUUGAUGAAGUCAUCGAAGAAUGCAAACUUUUCUACUUUGCUGGACAGGAGACCACGGGAAAUAUGCUUGUUUGGACUAUGAUUUUACUAGGUCAACACAAGGAGUGGCAGACAUGUGCUAGGGAGGAAGUUUUACAAGUCUUUGGAGAGAAGAGACCAGAUAUGAAUGGGUUGAAUCACUUAAAAGUUAUCAACAUGAUUUUUAACGAGGUUCUUAGAUUGUAUCCGCCACUUGGAUUUCUAAGACGACUUGUACAUGAAGAAACAAAAUUAAGAAACAUAAUAUUGCCGGCGGGAACUCUCAUCCAACUAAACACGUUGAUUUUACACCACGACCAAGAUAUAUGGGGUGAAGAUGUGAACGAGUUCAAGCCCGAAAGAUUUUCUGAAGGUGUGUUAAAGGCGACCAAGGGACAAACAUCAUAUGUCCCAUUUGGAGGUGGACCACGUAUAUGUAUCGGACAGAAUUUUGCUAUGCUAGAAGCCAAAAUGGCGCUCGCAAUGAUUCUACAACACUUCUCUUUUGAUCUAUCUCCAUCGUACUCGCAUGCUCCACAUACUAUAAUUACUCUAAAACCUCAGUUUGGCGCUCACUUGAUUUUACACAAACUUUAGGGAGUUUGUUGUUUGUUUUACUUUGUUUUAAAAUAUGUUGUUAUAUUUUUAUUGUUGUUUAUCAAUAAUAUAUUCAACCAGUUUAAUAUAUGUAUUACUCAUGUUAUUAUA